GCGGGGACGGCGGGCGACUCGGGCAGCGGCCGUGCGGCAGCGGUCGCCGCGCCGUGGGAGGCUAUGGGGGCACGCGCUUCCUCUGGGUGCCCAGCUGGUGGCCUGGAGCGCCCUGACCCUUUGCUGUAGGGAGCGGCCACGGAGCAGAGUCACUCGCUAGAGCCCCCGAGACCCCUCGUCUCGGCCCGCGGCUCGCCGUGCCGCUCCUGGACUCCCGGCGCGCGGAAAAGGAACUGUACUCCCUAGCGGGGCGAGGAUGGGGAGAGCGGCCACCGCAGGAGGAGGCGCUGGUGGGGCGCGCCGCUGGCUCCCUUGGCUGGGGCUCUGCUUCUGGGCUGCGGGGGCUGCGGCUGCCCGAGGAACUGACAAUGGCGAAGCCCUCCCUGAAUCCAUCCCAUCAGCUCCUGGAACAUUGCCUCAUUUCAUAGAGGAGCCAGAUGAUGCUUAUAUCAUCAAGAGCAACCCCAUUGCACUGAGGUGCAAAGCAAGGCCAGCCAUGCAGAUAUUCUUCAAAUGCAAUGGCGAGUGGGUCCAUCAAAAUGAGCAUGUCUCUGAGGAGAGUCUGGAUGAGAGUUCAGGCUUGAAGGUCCGGGAGGUGUUUAUCAACGUCACCAGGCAGCAGGUGGAGGACUUCCAUGGCCCAGAGGACUAUUGGUGCCAGUGUGUGGCAUGGAGUCAUCUGGGGACCUCCAAGAGCCGGAAAGCUUCUGUGCGCAUAGCCUAUUUACGGAAAAACUUUGAACAAGAUCCGCAGGGAAGGGAGGUUCCCAUUGAAGGCAUGAUCGUGCUGCAUUGCCGCCCCCCGGAGGGAGUCCCUGCUGCCGAGGUGGAAUGGCUAAAAAAUGAGGAGCCCAUUGACUCUGAACAAGAUGAGAACAUUGACACCAGAGCUGACCACAACCUCAUUAUCAGGCAGGCUCGGCUCUCGGACUCAGGGAAUUACACCUGCAUGGCAGCCAACAUCGUGGCCAAGAGGAGGAGCCUGUCAGCCACAGUGGUGGUUUAUGUGAAUGGAGGCUGGUCUUCCUGGACAGAGUGGUCAGCCUGCAAUGUUCGCUGUGGUAGAGGAUGGCAGAAACGUUCCCGGACCUGCACCAACCCAGCUCCUCUCAAUGGUGGGGCCUUUUGUGAGGGCAUGUCAGUGCAGAAAAUAACCUGCACUUCUCUUUGUCCUGUGGAUGGGAGCUGGGAAGUGUGGAGCGAGUGGUCAGUCUGCAGUCCAGAGUGUGAACAUUUGCGGAUCCGGGAGUGCACGGCACCACCCCCAAGAAAUGGGGGCAAAUUCUGUGAAGGUCUAAGCCAGGAAUCCGAAAACUGCACGGAUGGUCUCUGCAUUCUAGAUAAAAAACCUCUUCAUGAAAUAAAACCCCAAAGAUGGAGUAGGAGAGGCAUUGAGAGUGCCAGUGACAUUGCUUUGUACUCGGGCUUGGGCGCUGCAGUCGUGGCUGUUGCAGUCCUGGUCAUUGGCGUCACACUUUAUAGACGGAGCCAGAGUGACUAUGGCGUGGACGUCAUUGACUCUUCUGCAUUGACAGGUGGCUUCCAGACCUUCAACUUCAAAACAGUCCGUCAAGGUAACUCCCUGCUCCUGAAUUCCUCCAUGCAGCCAGACUUAACAGUGAGCCGAACAUAUAGUGGGCCCAUCUGUCUGCAGGACCCUCUGGACAAGGAACUCAUGACAGAGUCCUCACUCUUUAACCCCCUGUCGGACAUCAAAGUCAAAGUUCAGAGCUCCUUCAUGGUUUCCCUAGGAGUGUCUGAGAGAGCUGAGUACCAUGGCAAGAAUCAUUCUGGGACUUUUCCCCAUGGAAACAAUCGCAGCUUUAGUACAAUGCAUCCCAGAAAUAAAACGCCCUACAUCCAAAAUCUGUCAUCGCUGCCCACAAGAACAGAACUGAGGACCACUGGUGUCUUUGGCCAUUUGGGAGGACGCUUAGUAAUGCCAAAUACAGGGGUGAGUUUACUCAUACCACAUGGUGCCAUCCCAGAGGAGAAUUCUUGGGAGAUUUAUAUGUCCAUCAACCAAGGUGAACCCAGCCUCCAGUCGGAUGGAUCCGAGGUGCUCCUGAGUCCUGAAGUCACCUGUGGUCCUCCAGACAUAAUUGUCACUACUCCCUUUGCACUGACCAUACCACACUGUGCAGACGUCAGUUCUGAGCACUGGAAUAUCCAUUUAAAGAAGAGGACACAGCAGGGCAAGUGGGAGGAAGUGAUGUCAGUGGAGGAUGAAUCCACAUCCUGUUACUGCCUUUUGGACCCCUUUGCAUGCCACGUGCUCCUAGAUAGCUUUGGGACAUAUGCCCUCACUGGAGAACCAAUCACAGACUGUGCCGUGAAGCAACUCAAGGUGGCGGUUUUUGGAUGCAUGUCCUGUAACUCUCUGGAUUAUAACUUGAGAGUCUACUGUGUGGACAAUACCCCUUGUGCAUUUCAGGAAGUGGUUUCAGAUGAAAGGCAUCAAGGUGGACAGCUCCUGGAAGAGCCAAAGUUGCUGCAUUUCAAAGGGAAUACCUUUAGUCUUCAGAUCUCUGUCCUUGACAUCCCCCCAUUCCUCUGGAGAAUUAAACCAUUCACUGCAUGCCAGGAAGUCCCAUUCUCCCGCGUGUGGUGCAGUAACCGGCAGCCCCUGCACUGUGCCUUCUCCCUGGAGCGCUACACGCCCACCACCACCCAGCUGUCCUGCAAAAUCUGCAUCCGGCAGCUCAAAGGCCAUGAACAGAUCCUCCAAGUGCAGACAUCAAUCCUAGAGAGUGAAAGAGAAACUAUCACUUUCUUUGCACAAGAGGACAGCACUUUCCCUGCACAGACUGGCCCAAAAGCCUUCAAAAUUCCAUACUCCAUCAGACAGCGAAUUUGUGCUACAUUUGAUACCCCCAACGCCAAAGGCAAGGACUGGCAGAUGUUAGCACAGAAAAACAGCAUCAACAGGAAUUUAUCUUAUUUUGCUACACAAAGUAGCCCUUCUGCUGUCAUUUUGAACCUGUGGGAAGCUCGUCAUCAGCACGAUGGUGACCUUGACUCCCUGGCCUGUGCCCUUGAAGAGAUUGGGAGGACACACACGAAACUCUCAAACAUUACAGAAUCCCAGCUCGAUGAAGUCGACUUCAACUACAGCAGGCAAAAUGGACUCUAGUCCACUUCUUCUCAUGAGACAGAGCGACGGCCAGCUUUGGGACAUUUACUUUAAAUGGGAAAGAAAGAGGCAGUUUUUUGCCUAGUGGCAUUUGGAGAGUUCAGCCUUCAUUUACAAUCAGUAAGAAUCCCUGGUUGAAAAAUUGAAUUUUAUAUAGGUAAAAGAUGUUAAUAGGGAAAAGUACAAGCUCUCUUAAAUAUAAGAGGGCUCUACUGUCUCCUCUGAAUCUAAACUUGGGUUAACAUGUGAUGAAAUUCUCAGAUUUGGAGUGGCAAGGAUAAAAGUGAGAGCAUAUCUAGAGAAAAGUCACUGUGGGAAAAGAUGAGCUACAAUAAAGCUGGGAAGGCAGAGACUGAAUAAGUGCAUGUUUUGAAACAGGUUUUUAAUGAUGUGCCCCAAAGGGCCAGAUGAUUCUGGUACCAGAUUGUCAGAGUUUUUUUUACCA